UUACCUCGAAGCUAAAGUACCUCUUGGAGCCUCCGGUUUACGCUGAGGUCGUCGCUCGAAGAGGACAAAACGCCACCCUGCCGUGUAUCCUCAGAACCAAACCCAGACAUUACAAAGUGAAAUGGACCAAGCUGGAGCCGGAGAACGUGGGGCGGGAAAACAUCAUCAUGAUCUCUAACGCACAAGCCUUCAAACCGUACGGCCAUCUUGGAGUGCGAGCAUCUCUCCGGAGAUCUCACAGCAUGGACGCCUCGCUGCAGAUCAGACGCCUCCUGCUGGACGACGGGGGGAAGUACCGCUGCGAGCUGGUGAACGGCAUCGAGGACGAGAGCGUGGUCAUUACUCUGAGGAUAGAAGGAGUUGUGUUCCCGUACCAGAGUGAAGACGGCCGCUACAGAUUUACUUUCCACGAGGCGAAGGAGGUUUGUGCCGAGCAAGACGGCAUCUUAGCUUCAUACGACCAGCUGUACAGAGCGUGGACGGAGGGUCUGGACUGGUGUAACGCCGGCUGGCUGCAGGACGGCACGGUUCAUUACCCCAUUAUCCAGCCCCGACCCGCCUGCGGAGGAGAGCUGCUCCCCGGCAUCCGCAGUUAUGGAGCGAAAGAUAAGAAUCAGGAUCGGUUCGACGCUUUCUGCUUCACCUCGCAGACGUCUGGCUCCGUCUCCUUCGUCUCGGGGUCUUUCUCCUUUGAACAGGCCGGGCACGCAUGUCAGCGUCAGGGAGCGGAGUUGGCGCUGGUCGGCCAUCUUUACUCCGCCUGGCGUUUCCAAAACUACGACCAGUGUGACGGCGGAUGGCUGAGAGACGGCAGCGUACGGUUUCCCAUCAGCAACCCCCGGGAACUCUGCGGAGGAAUCCCUGAAGCCGGGGUGCGCUCGUUUGGAUUCCCCAACAAGAUGAAGCCUCUGUUUGGCGCCUAUUGCUACAUGUAGCCCGAAAAUAAGAAGAAAUUCGACAGCAGGGCAACUUAGAGAUCCAGUUUAAGCAGGAAAACAUAUCCCAGAAUUCACUGCUAAGCAUAAACAAGUUGAUCUGCCAACGAAAAGUCCUGAGAAAGAUCUCAGCUACGAUGAUACGGACAGUAAUGGAGAAAUAUGAGGUUGAAUUCAAAUGUUAAUGUCUUUAAAAAUGAAAAAGUCAUUAUUUAAUCUAGUUGAAUUUUCUUUUUAAGUAUGUUGGCCGGUGCUACAACAAACCAAAACACUUCCACUUCCACUUAGGAGAUUAUAAAGAUGGACAACUGUCUGCAGAGUUAGUCGUCUCAUAACUGUUAUUGUUUGUCAGUAUAUCUGAAAGGACUAAGUUAGCUACGUUAGCUAUGUAGCUUACAGCAGAUCUGCAGUAACAUCAGAAGGAGUCAUGUGAUCACAUUGUUAAAAUAGGUCCAUAAAACAUUUGUUUAGGUAUGUUUCCAACAACAGAGACAGUUGUCCAGCUUUAUAAUCCUGAACGUCACCAAGCGCUGUGUGCGUCGCUUUUUAGUGUCCCCUGGUUUCCGUUGUGUUUUGAGAUUCUUGCAGCGUUUAAGCUUUUAAUGUUAAAUUAAAAGCUGCACAUGUUUCCUCAAGUUUGUAAAACCUAAUGGAAAUGUUUUGGGCUGUGUUUGCACCUGUCGGCCACCGUACAGAAAGCCCCACUUACAUGAAAGUUGGUUUGGUUCAUAUCCAUCUCCAAAGGUACAUUGAAGUAUUUAUAAAAAACACUUCUUUUUUUCAGGAUGUUUCAGAUGUGCCCUCCUGACCUUAACAUCUCUUAAAGUGAACAACAAAAAGGGCAUAAAGAUCUUAUUUUUCAAUCAAAUGAAAACCAAACGGUUUGGUUGAACAACCGUUGAUGGAGCUUUUGAGGUCAAUUUGAUUAAAACACAACUCAUGUCAAACUGAGUUAUGCAGACACAUUGUGUUUUCCUGGAUGCUAUUACUUUUGCUGCGAGGGAAAUGUUGUUGUCAAAAUCAAUUAUCAUAAAAUAAAUAAUUGGUAAGUAAAACAAUCGUAUAUUUAUGGAACCACAAACCACUCUGGCUUCCCAACGCACUUGCAGAAUAUGGUAAAUGGAAUACAAAUAUAGCUAUGCACAAUAAUGUUUCAGAGCGUCAAGGAAAGUCAAGUUAAGCGAGGUGAACAUUUGCAUUUACUUAAAAUGUUUGUCCAUGUAACAUGACACCAAACUGCUUCCUGCAAGCUCCAGCAAAGAAGCUAAAACUGAACUGUAAAUAACAGGAUGUAACGCGGUUUAUCUGUAAAUUAAUUACAUGUUAUUUAAUGUAUUCAAUAAAGAUAUGUCCAA